GCCAGCGACGCUUGGAGGGAGUGAGAAGCGAUUUGAACAGUAGGAGAAAUCCUAGGAAAUGAAGGGACUGAAGCGAGAAAAAAGGUGCGAGAGCACAGGAGCGAAAGAGCAAGAGAGGGCGCUAGAGCGUGGAGUACCGAAAGUGAGCUUGGUGGGAAGGGCAGAAGAUGGAGCAGACCGGGCCCAGAAGCAUAGGCGCCGGUCGUUUGCAAACGCAUUUCUUCACCCGCCUGGAAGUGGGCUGAUCAUGGCCCAGGUUCCAGAAGCUUCCCGGUCCUCUGACUGUGAUGCGGGCUUGAGUUCGGGCGGCGGGGGAGGAGCCUCUGAAGAGCAGGCGGCUGAGAAGGCGGGGAAAAUGGAGGAGGAGGCGAUGGGGGCAGCGCAGACAUACGCGGUCCAGGAAGCCGAAAUGAAGCUGGAGUCUGAACAAGAGACCAAACCCGCGCAUGAGGAGAACUUGCCAUGGAGCAGCGGUGGCGAUGAGAAGGUGCUCCUACCAACCCCCUCUUCCUAUCACAGCAGCAUCUCGUCCUUUAGCCCGCGCCGCAAGCCCCGCCCUCGGCCCCAGUCCCGCUCCCGCGGCCCUCUAAGGUUCUUAGUCCCACCCCCGCCUCCAAUCCGGCUCCCGCCGCCGCCACCGCCGCCCCCAUCGCGUGCCCCGGCUUGGCGCCGAUCCCGGCGUAGAUACAGGCCUAUAUCCAGGCCCCAGACACGGAGAAGCUGCCCUAGUGACCUAGGCGGCUUUAGCGAUCCAGGCGGCUUUGGGGACUGGUUGCAGGAAGUUGAGUUUGAUCAGGGUCCCACAGGCUGCUCUCAUGUGGUGAGCUUUAAAGUAGCCAAAAACUGGCAGAAGAAUCUGCGAAUGAUCUACCAGCGUUUCGUUUGGAGUGGAACCCCGGAGACUAGGAAACGUAAGGCAAAGUCAUGCAUCUGUCAUGUAUGUAGUACCCAUAUGAACAGACUACACUCUUGUCUGUCCUGUGUUUAUUUUGGCUGCUUUACUGAGAAACAUAUUCAUAAACAUGCAGAAGCCAAACAGCACAAUUUAGCAGUAGACCUCUAUCAUGGAGUUAUAUAUUGCUUUAUGUGUAAGGAUUAUGUAUAUGACAAAGAUAUAGAACAGAUUGCCAAAGAAACAAAAGAGAAAAUUAUGAAAGGAUUAACUUCCACCUCAACAGAAUUUUCCUAUGAACAGUUUAUGCCAUUGGGGGUUGAAGAUAAUCAGUCAACCUGUGAAUCAAAGGAACAGGAGCUCAAUUUGGUGAAACCCAAGAAAAAGAGGAGAAAAAAGGUAGUCUAUACUGUAGGCUUGAGAGGGCUAAUCAACCUUGGGAACACCUGUUUUAUGAAUUGUAUUGUGCAGGCACUUACUCAUAUUCCUCUGCUGAAGGAUUUCUUCCUAUCUGAUAAGCACAAAUGUAUAAUGACAAGCCCCAGUUUGUGUCUGGUAUGUGAAAUGUCUUCACUUUUUCAUGCUAUGUACUCUGGGAGCCGAACUCCUCAUAUUCCCUAUAAGUUACUGCACCUGAUAUGGAUUCAUGCAGAACAUUUAGCAGGGUACAGGCAGCAGGAUGCCCACGAGUUUCUUAUUGCAAUAUUAGACGUGCUGCAUAGACACAGCAAAGAUGAUAGUGAUGAACAGGAAGCCAGCAAUCCCAACUGCUGUAAUUGCAUCAUAGACCAAAUCUUUACAGGUGGCUUACAGUCAGAUGUGACAUGUCAAGCCUGUCACAGUGUCUCCACCACCAUAGACCCAUGUUGGGACAUCAGCUUGGAUUUGCCUGGUUCCUAUGCCACAUUCAGUUCCCAGAACUCAGAGUGGGCUGACAGUACAAUGAGCAGGGAUGACCAUAUACCAGGAAUCCCCUCCCUUACAGAUUGCCUACAGUGGUUUACAAGGCCAGAGCCCCUAGGAAGCAGUGCCAAAAUCAAGUGCAGUAGUUGCCAAAGCUACCAAGAAUCUACCAAACAGCUCACAAUGAAGAAAUUGCCUAAGGUGGCCUGUUUUCACCUCAAGCGGUUUGAACAUGUAGGCAAACAGAGGCGAAAGAUUAAUACUUUUAUCUCUUUUCCCCUGGAGCUGGACAUGACUCCAUUUUUGGCCUCUACUAAAGAGAGCAUCAUGAAAGAUGGCCAGCCACCAACAAGUUGUGUGUCUGAUGAGAAUAAGUAUUCCUUAUUUGCAGUGAUUAACCACCAUGGGACUUUGGAAAGUGGCCACUACACCAGCUUCAUCCGUCAACAAGAGGAUCAGUGGUUCAGCUGUGAUGAUGCCAUCAUCACCAAGGCUACCAUUGAGGACUUACUCUACAGUGAAGGGUAUUUACUAUUCUACCACAAGCAAUGUCUAGAGAAAGACUAGUCUUACCAGAGCGCUAACCAUAAAAAAAAUUCAAAGAAAUGAUUAGGUUAAGGAUCCUGAAGUGACACACAAAUCUACCUGGAAUGGACAAUUAUAACAAUACCCUUAUAACAAUGAGCACCUCUUGAAGUAACAGGAAAAUCUACUUAGAAUGGACAAUGACAAUAAUACCUAUAUAUGACAUGUGGCACCUGGAUAUAAAGGACUUAUUUUACUAUGGCCCCUGGGUCUGUAGAAGAAAAGAACUGAAUACUAACCAGUGACCAUUCAGCCUUAUUAAGAGAUAGGGAGGGAGACCAGGUUGAAAAUGGUCACAGUGAAUAUAGUUAAAGUGAAAAGAAUGCUCAAAAAGGCAAAAGGUGAGGGAAGAGAUAUUCUGACACUACUAUAUGCCAUUUAUUUCUACAAAAAUAUUGUGGAGAGUCUGGGAACAUUCAUUAGAAAAAAAAAAGGUUUUAGAAUGGAUGUACCAGCUGUGGGUAACCAGCCAAAUACUGAAAAAAUAUUUUAAAAGAAAAAAUUUAAAGCUUUAAAAGAGAAACAUUUUUUAAAGAACCCAUUUUUAAAAGUUUUGAAAGAACGUUUUUAAAUGUUAAGAACUUUAAGUUAAAUAUUUUUAGAAGAAAAUAGUUAAAAAUAUUUUUUUGAUUUUAAAAUGAUUCAAAAUUAUUACUGGUGUUUAAACAUAGAAUAUUUAGAAAAUCUUAAAAUUUAAGGUAGGUGAAAUAAAACAAAGUUAAAAGAAAGUUUACCAAAAAUUUUGUGAAAGAGGUGAAAUAAAGUUAAAAAGAAAGUUUACCAAGCAAGUUAGUGAAAGAGACACUUUGUUUUAAUUAAAAGUUUGGGGGGAAAAUCUUUUAAAACCUAAUGUUUUAUUAAAUUUUCACAAUGUGCAGAAUGGAGUGAAAAUUCAAGUUAAAUUCAGAAAAACUGUUGAGAUUGAAAUUUCAGAACCACACAAAUAAAAGUUGUUCCAAAAGUUUAAAAAGAUUAGAGAAAGACAAUUUGAAAACGUAAAAAGAACCUUACAUUAGUAGAGACUUAAAUGAAAACAUUAAAUAUUGAAGGAUAAUAGUUUAAGGAAAAGCAAAUAAGCUUAAAAUUUACAUAAAAAUGAUAAAAGACAAGAAACCAUUCAAAUAAAACUGAAAAGUUUUUAAAUUUUAUUUUUUUAUUUACGGAUCUUAAGAGACAGACGGGUAUAAAAGAAGUAAGGAGGCAGGAGUUACAAGAUAAAGGGGUUUGAUAUUAUAGAUAUUAUUUGGUUUUUAUGUUAAUACAUAAAUACAAUGUGAAAAAAGGUGGACCCUUUAACCCUUAUCUGACCAUCCAGUUGUGAGAUAACAGCAAAGCCUAAUCACCAGUCCACCAUUCUCUCUCAGAUUCGUGCUCCUUCUAAUUUCCUAAAGGAAGUAGAGCUAUUUAGACAAAUCAAUUCAUUUGACAAAGAUAAAGACUUUAGGGACUUUGCCUUUCAGAAAUGCGUUUAAAUGUUUUUUUUAAUUUUGUUUUGUUUGUUUCAUAGCUUCUGAUAGGUGGGUUGUGAUAAUUGUGCAGCUUAGUGAAAUCAGAUUACAACUGUGAAGCUCUGCUUUUGGGAUUUGAACUUCCUGGCCUGACUGAGGAGGUGGUAGGGACCCAUGUCUGAGGACCUGUGGCCUACCCUCUCUGCUUUGAGUCUUUCCCUUCAUGGGAAAAUUCUUUUUUUUUUUUUAUUUCUGCAGUAGAGCUAUGGGUUUGUGCUUAGCAGUCCUUCUGCUCAUUCCUUAUUCCCUUUUUAUUUCCUUAUCCCUUUCACUCAUGCCUGGUUCCCUGAACCCCUCACUUUCCUGGCCUUUUAUAGGUCUCUUGAGCCCCAGCCCACAUGGCUGGUUAAGGCUUCCUUAACCAUUCACCUAGUGGUUCCUCUAAGCCCUCACAGAUGACUUCUCUGCCUUGGAUAUUGUAGGCCAGUAUAAGUUAGAUAAUUGUUCCUCCCUCCCCAUCUUUAUCCUACUUACUGUGCCUCCAAAGUACAUUGUCCAUAUCUUGGUGAUAGUACUUAUUCUACUGUGAUCCUACUGUAGCUUUGUGAUUGUCUGCCUCUCUUCACCAGGCAUCCUGAAAACAGAGGGCCAUGCCUUACUCAUUUUUUUUUGUUUUAAUAAAUGUUUGUUAAACGUGA